AUGUUUCAAAGUGCUGUGAUCCACGACGAGAUCGAAUUUACUCGCCACAAUUCGUCUAUAGGUGCAAUCUGCUACAAUUGGCAGCAAGACACAUUUGUGUCAGUCGAUGAAACUUGUUUAAGACUUUGGCACGCUCAGACUGGUACUCAAUUACGUGUCGUAAGUCCACCAAGUCGUACGUCUCAAUUUAUCAAAACGAUCAUUUCUAUCGAUUCUCGUCGGCUUUUUGUGGCCUCAGCACUAGAUGAUACAUUACGAUUCUAUGAUUCAAACCUUAAUGAAUUAGCAGCGCUUUCUACAGGUCGAGGCACUGUACUUACCAUGGUAUUUGAUACUCAACAUCAUCGAUUACUUACUGGAGGAUUUGAUGGGUGUGGAGCGUGGCAUAUGAAUCCACGACCACCAGGACUUCCUGAAGGAACUUUCAAUCCUCAUUAUGAGUUCAUAUCGUUAUUAAAGUUCUUUCAUGACACUACAGCUACCACUUAUUUAAGUCGACAUAGAUCACAGAAACAACAAGUUAAUACUUCGAAAAGUACAGACGAACGUUUAGCUUGGGUGGAACAUCUUCAACUGAGUCUCGUGACUUCGCAAUUAUAUGCACAGACUCGAUACUAUAUUGAUGUCUUUCAUACAACAGAUGGAGCUCAUUUGGAACGCUGGUACGACUUGUUUCCAUCAGAACAUGGUACAUUAUCAGCAUUUGUUGUGCAAGAAAGCACAAAAACGUUAAUUUGUGGAACCAGUCGUGGUGCAAUCAUUGUGCUCUCGUACUCUCCAAUCUCCCUCGUCCAUAUUUUCGAGCAUCACACACAGACGAUUACAAGUCUGACAGAACAUUUGACAUCUCACCUCGUUAUUUCGAGCUCACUUGAUGGUUCUGUAAGAUUAUGGGACUCUGAAACCCGACGUCAAGUACAUCGCCAUAAUAUUGGACAUAGUGUGUAUUCUUUACAGUUACUACCUUUAGCUCAGAUCACGUCGAACUCUCAUAGAUCCAUAGCAGAUCGUUUUUACUGCCAGCUUCGAAAUAGUGUCAAAAUUUACACUAUUCAAUCCAUUUUCAAAGACCAUCAAUCGUCUCUUGUGCCUUUCUGUCUACUCCAGCGCGUAGUCUUUCCGUAUCAAGAUUCAACUCAAUUACACGAUCACGGAAAUGAAAACGAAAGUCUUGACAAUGAUGAGAAUGAACAAAUAGCAAAACAACUUGUAGUACUUGUGUCGAUGGAUAAAACGUUGCGAAUAUUUCCAGGUCGAUCACAAAAGGAAGCACCAAAGUUUACAUGGACUCCUGACAAAGAGGCUUCCGAUCUCGUAGCAUUUGCUCUCAAUCCAGUCUCACAGCAUUUAUUUUUACUAAUGAAGAGUCAAAACAUUGUCAUUGUCAAUGCAUCUCAUCCACUUGCUCGAACGACAGAAAAGGAUAACGAUUCGGACUUUGAAUCGAUCAAGAACAAUGUUGAGCGAAUCAUCGAUUUCAAUGUAUCGAUAAGUGCACCGACAUCCAAUUCUUGUCUAGAAAAAGACAAGAAUGACAACAUGAAAAGAUCUUUGCGCUGUCUAUGUGUGUGUCCGUAUGCACCUAUUAUCAACGCAGUGCCGUCAAGCCAACGACCACCAAGACAACGACGACAAUCAAUCUUUGGAUCGAAUACGCCUCCUGUGCCUCUUGUAUCGCCACUUCAAAGACGCAAUGCACCAACUGAGUGGGAAUGGAUUGCAUGUGGUUGUGAGUCAGGUCAACUCGUUUUUUGGCACACAGGUUUAUGUGGAGGACGAGAGGCUACACUGACGUUUGAUGCACACGAUGCUCCUAUUGUAAAUAUCAGUGCAAGUAUUUCAUCUGCAUUGCUUGUGACUUUCGAUGCAGUAAAUCAAAUGCGAGUAUGGAAUCUUCAUCCAAAGUUUGUACUACGUAAUGUACUCGUUCUUGGUCAAUCGCCGUCUUUAUUUGCUCUCUCUCCACUCUCUGAAAUCAUUUUAAACGGCUAUGAUGACGGUCGUGUCAUUCUACAUGCACUUCGAAAUCAAAAUGGAACGAUUCAAACAUUUAAAGGCAAAGAUGAUGAUCAUGAUACAAUUGUUUGCGCUGGUGAUUUUCUUGAUGAAAAACGACUUGUUCUUACCACAAGUAUCGAUGCAAUUGUUAAAAUUUGGGAUCAAGAGCGUGUUUUGUUACGUCAAGUUAAAUUUGCCACAGCAGUCUCAUGUCUAUGUUUUUUCAAUGCUGAUGGAGAUUUAUUGGCUGGACUUUCAAGAGGAAGUGUCUUUAUAUCAAGGCGAGAUGUACUGCCUGAGAAACUACCAAAGGCCAAGGCACCACAACGACAGGAUUUCGACUCUUUUCAAACGUCUAACGUUACAACGUAUGACGAAUCUUUUGAGAUGACUACAAGUGCACCGACGACAAAUAACUCGGAAACUUUGAUAAUUCAAGUUCCAGAUGAGGAUGCUACUUCUUCAGUGCGAGAUAAGAUUUACUUGCCAUUUCAAGCUUUAGAUCCUGAGACAUCGGCAAAGCAACUUCUAACACAUGUAAUCGAACGACCAAUUGAUGCUGCAACAUUGCAGCCACCUGUGCUCCGUAAUUUUGAACGAAAGUUUUCAAAUCGACUAAAUCGAUUUACUAGUUGUAGUAAAGCUGAAUCUCAGGUCUGUCAAGAGAAAGAAGAAGAUUGGCGCGAUGCAAUUCUCCCAUUAUCGCCAGUACAAAAGCUCAUGCGUGCUUCAAAACAAGUUGUUUUGAUUCGAAGAAUACGAAAACAAACAUUGAGAUCACGAACAGUAGUUGAAAAUAUAGUUUCAACUCCACGAUCAUCAUUUGCUACAUCUCAGAUGGUUAUUUGUAGUCAAGGUGAAGAAAUUCGGAAAGCAUUACCAACUACAAGUCUUGGUUUAAUCUCUGAGAAUGAACCAUUACAUUAUUGUAAACAUCAAGCACCAGUACCAUCAAAGGAAAAGAUACCAAGAAAACUAUGGAAUGCCGUUGGAGGUGAAGAUCGUCGAUUGAUUGUACUCGAGCGCAAUCGAUUACCACCUUGUUAA